AAACUAACUUUCACUCUGUUGAAACAUCUGUACUUGAGAAACUGUGGAAUAGUAUUUAAACAGUUGUAUCCCAUGUAGUCCGCUUCUUACUCACGGCAAUUACGAUUAAAAACAGAAACAUUUGUAUUUUACCGUGGUCAAUCAUCAUUGAUGAAGCUAAACAGGGGUCUGAGUCGAUCGUCGAUUGAAUCGCUCACACAGUACAGCGAGUUGUGACAGUGCUGAACUCGAGAACUGUCAUCUGAAAAGGAGUGUGCUGCUGAGUGCUCGCUCUUUUCGAAUAGUAUCAACAAGACAGAGAUACCCGGAAGGCACGAAAGUUAAUUCAGGGGACUAGAAUGAAUCGUUUCAAGACCUCCAAAUUCAAAAACACCACCCCGAAGAUCGCCAAGAAAGAUGGCUGGAUCAGUAAUGUCCGGGCAGGAUCCUUCACCUCUCAGGGGAACCACAUCAAAUCCAGCACCAGGCUUGUGGCCUUCAACACUGACCAGGCUGGUGGAGGAAUGCUCGGCCUCACCUCUGUGGAACCAGGGUCUGAUGGCAAGUGGACAGUGACUGUGAUCCCAUGUCAUGCUGAUCUGAUAACUGAUUUGGACUUCUCUCCGUUUGAUGAUAAUCUCCUGGCUACCUGUUCUGCAGAUGAAACGGUGAAGCUGUGGCGUGUGUGUGAACCAGAACAGGAGCAGCCCGGGGGGGCGGAGGUGACCCUGUGUCCCGGAGAGGGUCGUCUGGAGCUGGUCGCCUUCCACCCCACCUCCUCUGGCCUGCUGGCUGUGGGCUCCACCAAGACAGCCCAGCUCUGGGACACCAGCCGCCAACAAUCACCACUAGCAGCUCUGGAGCCGCACGGUGAUCAGCUGCAGAGUCUUAGCUGGAAACAGGACGGCUCCCUGCUGGCUUCCUCCUGCAAGGACAAAAAGCUGCGAGUCUUUGACCCCAGAGCCCAGCUGACACCUGUUCAGGACAGCACUCCCAUGGAAUAUUACUUCAGGUUGUGGAUGCGUUUGGCAAUGGGACCAUUGUUAGAAAUGAACUGCUACUCAAAUGACUGAAUUCCUUAGAUCUCUCGAUGCGUUUGGAUAAAGAACAUUGUGAAACUGAAGU